CCAGGUGAAGCGUACUCAGCUAUGCCUCGGGCUCAGCAGCCUGCUUCUUAUCAGCCCAUGCCAGCUGACCCUUUUGCUAUCGUCUCGAGAGCUCAGCAGAUGGUUGAGAUCCUCUCUGAUGAGAAUCGCAACUUGCGGCAGGAGUUGGAUGGAUGCUAUGAGAAGGUGGCAAGACUGCAGAAGGUGGAGACCGAAAUCCAGCGGGUCUCAGAGGCAUAUGAGAACUUGGUGAAGUCAUCUUCCAAAAGAGAGGCUCUGGAGAAAGCCAUGAGGAACAAGCUGGAGGGCGAGAUGAGAAGGAUGCAUGACUUCAAUAGGGAUCUGAGAGACCGUCUAGAGACUGCCAACAAGCAGCUAGCAGAGAAGGAGUACGAGGGGUCUGAGGACACCAGGAAGACCAUCUCUCAGCUCUUUGCCAAACAUAAAGAAAACCAGCGGGAGAAGGAGAAGCUGGAAGCUGAGCUAGCUACUGCCCGUUCUACCAAUGAAGACCAAAGGCGACACAUUGAAAUUCGAGACCAGGCAUUGAGCAAUGCCCAGGCGAAGGUGGUGAAGCUGGAAGAAGAGGUAGGUGUCCUCAGAGUUAACCUCAGUGAGGAGUUUCCAUGGAUGUUUGGCAUAUCUUCUCACAAAACUCAAGUCAGCCUGGGCUUCUGGCAGGCUGCUACAUUAGGAGAAUACAGAGUUGAAGCAGUGGCUUGGAUAAUUGUUUCAGGGAUGCGCCAGGGCAACUCCCAGCCCGCUAAUGCUUCAGAAUACAAUGCUGCUGCACUAAUGGAGCUCCUCCGGGAGAAGGAGGAGAGAAUCCUGGCUCUAGAAGCAGAUAUGACCAAGUGGGAGCAAAAGUAUUUGGAAGAGAAUGUGAUGAGACCCUUUGGUCUGGAUGCUGCUGCAACUGUGUCAGCUCAGAGAGACACAACAGUUAUUAGCCACUCUCCAAACACCAGCUAUGAUACAGCCUUAGAGGCCCGCAUCCAGAAAGAAGAGGAAGAAAUCCUGAUGGCUAACAAGCGUUGCUUGGACAUGGAAGGAAGGAUUAAGACCCUCCAUGCCCAGAUUAUUGAAAAAGAUGCCAUGAUCAAGGUGCUGCAGCAACGCUCCAGAAAGGAGCCGAGUAAGACCGAGCAACUCUCAUCCAUGCGUCCAGCAAAGUCUCUGAUGUCCAUUUCCAAUGCUGGAUCAGGACUGCUUACACACUCAUCUACCUUGACUGGUGCGCCCAUCAUGGAGGAGAAGCGAGAUGACAAGAGCUGGAAGGGGAGCCUAGGCAUUCUUCUGGGUGGAGACUACCGUGCAGAGCCUGUCCCAUCCACACCUUCCCCCGUGCCUCCGUCUACUCCCCUACUCUCAGCUCAUUCGAAGACAGGCAGUCGUGAUUGCAGCACCCAAACUGAACGUGGAUCGGAAUCGACCAAAACCGCAGCUGUCACUCCCAUCUCGGCUCCAAUGGCUGCUCCAGUUGCUGCUGCUGCCCCUGCUGCUGCCAUCAAUGCAACUGCUGCCACCAACACUGCCACUGCUGCCACCAACACCACUAUCAUGGUAGCUGCUGCUCCAGUUGCUGUUGUUGCUUCUGCUGCUCCUGCUGCUGCUGCUGCCGCCGCCGCCCCCUCUCCAGCAAACACUGCUGCUCUUGCUGUAGCUGCCACUCCAGCUACUUCUGUCUCUGCAGCUACUUCUAUCUCUCCAGCUGCUCUUAUCUCUCCAGCUGCUGUAGUGCCUCCAGCUGCUCCUUCUUUUCUAACCCCUCCUUUCCAUUUAGAUGGCCCUGCUUUCCACUCCAGCACUCUGGAAAGAAAGACACCCCUUCAGAUCCUGGGGCAAGAGCCUGAUGCAGAGAUGGUGGAAUAUCUCAUCUAAACACCACAAUGAAGAGCUGGAGUUCUCAGCAAGAGUUAUUUUUAAUCAUUUUUCCUUUUCAUUUGUUUAAUCUGGGGUGAAGAUGGGGUUGGGAGGUGGGGAUGAUUUUUCUAAAAGGGACUUUUUAUUGGACUCUGGUAGUAUGUAAGUAAUACCAUAGAAAUGAAUUCCAGUCUACUUUGGAAUACUUAGGGAGUACCUCAAUGAGAUAGGUUAAGCAGAGUGUGCUUUAAAGCUUAUUGUCGGGCUUUGUACAACUCAUGGACUAUUAACAGGUAGUGAUGUCCAUUGAUGUUUUGAAUACGCUUCAACUUGUUUUAAAUUUCCCUAUUUGAGGUCAUUUUUUCUUUGAAGAACACAGUAUGUGUAGAAAGCAGGUUGUCGCAAGGAGUUCCGAAGUGGAAAUUGAGGGAGAGUUUGAGGACUUGCUACUUGGUGUAGUCACUACCUAGACAACAGCCACACAAAGCUCUUACUCUGGGCUUGAGAAAAGAAGGUGUUUCAGGAGCUAUGGAAGCUAAAGAAAAGGUAGUGAGGAUUAGGGUGAAGAAGGGUGCAAGAACCAAUUUUCUCUCCCAGUUGCCAGGUACCCUGCCCCCCUCAUUGAGGGUAUUUCUCUCCAUUUCAAUGGUGCUUUGGAAGUGGAUUCUUUUGAUUCCCUCCUGGAGGUUGAUACAUUCAUAUAUAUACUCUGGAAUAAUUUAUGCAUUUGGAUAAUUAAUAUAUUGCUUUCAGAAGGUAGGGUAAAUGAACAGUGAUCCAUGACUGCCUCUCUCAUAGGGGAUUAGAUGUUAGAGGCCUUGAUGAAGGGCUGCAUGAGAUGCUGCAUGCAGACUUUUGUGAUCUGGGUAUAGUCAUGUACAUGGCUCAGUCACCUUAAAUUAGUCCAGGUGACUGACACAGCCUUUCCCCCCACCUCCAAAAUGCAGACUCACUGGCUGGUUCGCCAGUGGUUUGCAAGAUGAGGAAACAUCAUUGUUGACAGGUUGAAUGUGUUGAAUUUCUGGCAAAUACUUGGAAAUACACACACACACACACACACACACACACACACACACACACAUAUGUGUGUGUAUAUAUAUAUUGGUUUUCCCAAAUCCUUAGCAUGUGCCUUCAAAGGCAUAUGCAACUAUCGCCUCCAAGGAAAUAACAUAAGAAAUCCAAAGUACCAGGCUGCAGUCUCCUGACGGGUUCAUUGCAGCACUGUCUCCUCAACUACCUCUUCUCACUACCAGUGACUCCAUCUUGGAAUCCCUUUGGGAAGCAGCUAGGAAUGUAUACAUGGGCGGGACCAACACGGCGCCUUGCCAUAGAGCUGCCUCCAAGUUCACAGAGGGUGUCAGUUGUCACAGGUCCUUGUCCCUUGUCUCUGCCCUUCAUUGAGGCACUAAGACUGCAGACAGUACCGUUAAGAUCAGUUUUCAGGGGUCUAGGGAAGUUAAGGGAGGGAGGGUAUUAUGUAAGGGAGGUAGACAUUUAGAGAUGUGUUAAGUUAGAAAUAAGAUUGAUACAAGGGUAUCCUGUAUUAUGCCAUGGGCUAUAGCGGUGGGGAAGAACUUUAUUUAGCAAUGUAGCAUUAAGUUUACUGAUGAGGAAUCGGAGAGUUGGAAAAGUUCCCUGACUUUUUCAAGAUCACACAGCACAUCUCUCUGUUCUGCCAAUUCUGUACCCAUUUUGGGAAAUGAUUAUAAAGAAAGAAGAGUGUUUUGAAGAAAGGACACCUUCAUAGUCUAGGGCAUACCUACAUUAUGGAAAUCUUGGUGUGAAUAGAUUGAUUAGGUGUCUGAAUUCUUACCUUGUCUCUGCUGGAGUGCCUUGUGUGAAAUUGGUUUUUUUUUUCCCUCAUCCCAUUUAAUCAUUGAGCCACAUGAAAUGUACCCCUAAAGAAAAGUCAACCCAUCUGUUUUCCACUAUAAAAUAGGGUGUCUUGGGUCAUUUUAUGUAUUCCUCUGUGAGUGAAAGAGUGCUAUAUUUACCUGUAUUCUUGUGUAGUUCCUAAUUACCUUCCAAAAGAUUUAUUUCUGUGUGUUUGUGUAUGUUCGUGUGUGUGUGUGUGUGUAUCUGUCUGUCUGUUUGUAGAUGAGGGAAGGCAAUAUAACAACUUUUAACUAGUAUUUUUUUCACAUUUUUAAUAGCAAAGUGAUCGUCCAAUGUAUUGGUCCUCAGUUACAGAGUGAAUGCCAAGUAGACAUUUAAAAGUGCAAGGGGAAAAAAAAACCCUUCAGACAGUAGAAGAAUCAGGCAGCAAACACCAGGAGAGCUACUUCCUGUCCAAGCAAAUGAAUGAAAAUCAAAGAAACUUCAUGUCCUCCCAUGAUGAGAACACAUUGCUAGAAUUUGGGCGGACUCUGGGAGCCAUGAUUAUAAUCACAUCCUGUAAAGUGACAGAUGAAAUACAUUCCUCACUUGUGGCAACCAUCUCUUUAGAAUCAUGUGUUUGGGGAAAAAAGGAAGUCCUUGCUGUAGUGUGAACUUUUCAGAACCUUUGUGCCCUGUCACACCAGAGGCAUUCUUUCUCUUUCAGUCCCAGGGAAUUUGCUAGAAGGACAGUGUAUGUCUGAGAAAUGGAAGAAGAAUAUUGGGCUAGUCUGUAUAGAUUCCAACUUGUAAGAAAAAUUUCCACCACAGACCGGUUUAGAAAUUCAGUCUAUGGGAUAAAUUUCAAAUUAACCAUGUCUUCACAGUUGUGUGAAUGUAACAUUUGGGGCCUUGUCCUGGACUUCCCAGAAGAGGAGGGAAUAUUUGUUGUCUUAACAUUUACUGUCUGGUUGUCUAUGAGGAUCUUAUAAUUCAUUUUGUUAUCCCCAAUGUCCCAUGUUCAGCAAAAUUUCUUUUGAGGGAACUAUACUUGAUACAAAGCUAUUAGCAUUGUGGGGGAAGUAACUGAACUUCCUUUGAAAGUAUUGUGUAUUGUGACUGUUGUCUUAAUGAAGGUUUUAAUUUCAGUGUUGCUUUUGAGCUACAGAGUGAUGGGGCAGUAGAAACUUGAAACAUCUGCCAUCAACUAUGGCAGGAAACAUAGCAAGAUACCCGUCAUGUUCUCCUUUUACUUUUGCACUGUUGAGUGGGCCUAACAAACUGAUUUCCUAGCUACUUUUUAAAAUGAAGAAUCUAAAUAAUUUGGCAGCUUAAAGUAUAGAUGUAUGUGCUAACUUGAAUAAAUGCUCAUGUCUGUUAGCCAUACAAUCUGUUAUCUUACAUCCUCAUUCAUACAUGGAUUAUGUUACUUAGGAUAUGUUCCUUCUUACAGAAAAUAUUUUCAAAGGGAACUAUUCACUGUGGGUUCAUUGUCACUGAUUUCUGCCUGCCACAAUCUUUAGAAAUUCUUCUCUCGAGUGCCAUCCAUUGAGAGUAGGAAAAGGGUUGGAAGCAUGUCCAUUUUCUUAUGGUAGUAAGGGUGGGUUACAAGAAGUUUUCAAAUUCUUCUGGCCUCCUUUGUGAUCAGUGGCAUGUGUUUAAAAAGAUGGCUAGAUGGGAUUGGCAGAUUGUUCAAGAAGAAUUACUUUUGGCUUAAUGUAUGUGGUCUUGUAGUGAUUGUGAUCCUAUUUUGUAAUCAAGAGAGUUAGAUCAAAUAAAGUUAAGCAGGUUAAAUCCACUUUGUGCCUAUCUUUCAAUAAAGUUAGCCAUUUUCAAAUGCA